GGUACUAUUUAUAUGUAUCCCAUUUCAGGAAUUUCUACUUGCUCAAUAUGACGAUAUAAUUUUAUUUGUUUCAGGAUGCAUUGAAAAAAAUGAGACAAUUUGAUGACAAAAUUAUUUAUCUUCUAAAUAAUACAAUUCCUACCGAGUCUUUUAAGAGCCAAGUAGAUCCUACUGCAAAGUGUAAAGAAUUAUAUGACCAAAUUCACUCAGGACACGAGAAAAGAGAAUUGGCUAUUACAAGGUGUUUGAAUCUAUCAAAAGAGAAGUUAAGAGAGUUGAAAGCUCAGCGUGAUAAUGGCAACGAGAGUCCACAACUUUUGAAAACGAUGAGGAAAGAACAGUCCACUCUACACUUGCUACAAUCAGAAUUGAAUAUAGAGGAAGUUGUAAGGAAACGUACAAUCGAUGUAUAUCAUGAAAAAUGCCGUUCCUUUUACAAGCCACCCAAGGAAUUAGAGACAUAAUAUUGUUGUCACUGAAUGAAUUUGUGAAUAUGUGAACAUCAACUUUUUUAUGACUGCAGUUAUAGUUACAUACAUGUCGAAAUAUUAGUUGUAAAUAUAUUUAGUACUGCACAUUUAUACAAAAAUAAAUACUAAUAAUUCAAA